AUGAUUUCUCAACUUGCAAACCUUCAAUAUGAUGUGCCAAUGCUCAUCACCGCAGCAAGCGUCCUUUUAGUCUUGCGUUAUCUACUCGUCGGUCUUUUCAGCCCUUUGCGUGAUGUCAAAGGUCCAACACUAGCGCGAUACACUCGUCUAUGGGAGGUGUACAAGAACUGGCAAGGCCAAUUGGAGCAUGUUACAGUCACUUUACAUAAACAAUAUGGUUCUAUCGUGCGGCUAUCCCCGAACCGUUAUAGCAUUAGCGACCCGACGGCAAUUCGCAUCAUCUACGGCACCGGUUCGAAGUUUCCCAAAUCCGAUUAUUAUACUCCAUUUGGUACGCCAUUAGACCACAAGGAUGUCUUUUCGGAGACGAGCAGUGAGAAACAUGCAUCGGAACGCAGGAAGAUCUCCAAUAUGUACGCCAUGAGCUCUCUGGUGUCCUAUGAGCCAUUCGUGGACAAAGUAAAUGGCGAUUUCAUGGCCGCGUUGGCCAACCAUGCUCAGCACGGGAGGGCAUUUGAUUUGUUCACCUGGAUGCAGUUCUAUGCGUUCGACGUAAUUGGUGAGAUCACCCUCGGUCGGUCAUUCGGCCUGCUUGAAGCUGGUCACGACAAGGACGGGCUUCUGCAUGCCGUUCAUGUCGGAUCGAUCAGUUAUGGUUCCUCGGUCGGACUAAUCCCUGAGAUUCAUCAACUGUAUCUAUGGCUUCAGAAAGUUUUAUCAAUCGAUAGCCACUGGAAAGUCACGCAACGAGUCAUAUUGAGGGAGAUUGGUGCCAGAUUGCAAGGUGUCACUACCAGCGAUCGCAAGGACUUCCUAGCCAAGUGCAUUGAACUGAGCAAAGCCGGAAAGCUUGAUCAGUCCACAAUCAACAAUGUGCUUGGUACCAACAUCGGCGCUGGCUCCGACACAACGGGCAUCAGCAUGAGCGCUAUUGUCUACUUCCUUAUGAACCAUCCAGAUUGCUUACAGAAGCUUCGUGAUGAAAUUGAGACGGCUGACAGGCAAGGAAACCUUUCCAACCCAGUUACUUUCCAAGAAGCUCAAAAGCUUCCAUACUUGCAAGCUACCAUCAAGGAAGCCCUGAGGCUGCAUGCAGCAGUCGGCCAAAUCCUCAGCAGAGUGGUUCCCGAGGGCGGUGCCCAGAUCGCAGGUAGACACUUUCCACAAGGUACCGUGGUGGGUGUGAAUGCAUGGGUGGUUCAUACAGAUGAAAAUAUCUGGGGCAAAGAUGUGCACAAAUUCCGACCUGAGCGUUGGCUGGUUGAGAAAGAACAGCUUGCCUUCCUGGAUCAGAAUUACUUAGCAUUUGGUGCCGGUUCAAGAACAUGCAUCGGCAAAAAUAUCUCACUCCUCGAAAUGACGAAGCUCUUACCCCAGCUUGUGCGGCGGUUUGACUUUGUUCCUGCAGGUGACAGCAAGUGGGAGACCACUAGCGGCUGGUUUGUCAAGCAAAAUAUCCAAGUCAAGGUCAUUGAGAGGACGUGA